AUGAAUUCGGAUAAUAGUCAAUUGACACAGUACCUCAUUGCCGCAUUUGACAAUGAAACGAUGGAAGUGAAUCCGUCUGAAGAAAUCUGGUCUUUACGUAUUUCGGCUAUGCGGGUUUCCUUACAAAAUCCGUUUUCCUUUUUCGGUAUUGAUGAGUUUGAGGGCAAACCGGACGACAACCAUUUCUUUUCCGGCGAAAUGUCCAAUCCACGGCUACGCUUGGAGCAUCCCUUG